UCUGCUCCCGGGUGGGGGUUCAUUCUCCGCCGGAAUCUUGGAGGCAGAUAACCCACAGCAGCGUAUCUGCUCGUAUCUGCUCGGCCCUCUUGCCUCGGCCCUGCUCGCCAUGGCUCGGGGUACGGCCCCCCGCUUCCCGGCCGUCUUGAUAAUACUGCUUCUUUCGGGGAACUGUCUCCGGGCCGACCUGGGCGGCCUGAUACCUGGGACUUCAGAGACUCAGGCAUGAAGGUCUUUUCUGCACAGCCAUUAUGCUGUCUCCUCAGCCCAUCUGCUGCUUUUUGAUUCAGAUUGAGACAUACAGCUCUCACUCUCUCUGCAUAAACUUCACCAUCACAGUCAGGAACAGUGCUGGAUCACAGUGGUGUGAAGCUGUAGUUCAACUACUUGUACACCAAGAAGAAAAGCUGCCUUUGUUUAAUUAUACGUGUGAAAACCACAAGCGCCCUGACUCAUGGCUCACACCUCUCAGUCAUCUGUGGGCGAAGGUGGAUAUUGAUACUCGGAGCAUUUUCACUGAAACUCUGAGAGACCUGAUGGAAGAGCUCAAAAAGAAAAUACUUGAUCUUCAGCAAGAAACUUCCACAAACAGUGGUCCCCUUUCCCUGCAGGGCAGCAUUCAGUACCAGGUGGGAAUCAAUGGCAGCAAAGUGGUCCUGCCGCUCAGCUUCCAGGGAGAGGAAGUCGUCAAAUUUGAGUGGACACAUCAGGGGCUGAAAGUUCAUUCUGCAAACAAAUCUAUGGAAGAGAAAUGGAAGAAGUACAAAGAAGUGAUUGAGUUAUUCAAGAAGAUUCCUGGAGAAUUUAAGAUGGUGAUUGAUAGCCUUUCAAAGUUCCUGAAUAAAGUGCCUCAGACCACAGAAGCACCAACCCUGACAGCAGGUGCAGUCACAGCACCAGCCAACACCACAGCCUCCUCACACGUGCACUGGUUCAUCCCUAUAGCCAUCAGUGUAUCCGUUCUUGUCGCCAUAAUCCUUCUUAUUAUCCGGCACCGCUGUGCUCAUAUACUUACAGAGAUGCUGCAGAAAGUGAGAAGAUCCUUUUCAAGGGCUAUGCUUCCGACUUGCUCCAGGUCUGUCUCCAGCUGUUCUACUGAGCUACAGGCUCGUCAGUUGGCCCAGGCAACACCUUCUUCUGCAGGACUGGGUCAUGGCCCAGCAGAUGCAGGGUCACGCCUCCUUCAUCUUCCCUCUACUCACAAUGAUACUUAAACUUGCAUCUUUAGUUUUAGGCAUUGAAUUUGAAUAUGUGUUUAUAAAUUACUGAGGUUUUUGUAAGCAAUUCUCUCCCACAUCAUGGAGUAAAUAAAAUCAUGGCUUUGCUUCUAUGGAA